GAUAUAUUUGCUGUGAUCAGGACAUGGUAAAACUGAUGCAAAAUGCGAUACAAGAGAAUGAUGGUUUGUUAAAUACAGGGCUAAAUAUUCAAGUAGAUGCGUGGUCGCAACGCGGCAAAUUUGAAACCGUCGUGGCCUAUGAUGAUUUCGCUUAUAAACAUCUUUUUAGG